UGGAAGAAAAUAUUACCAUUAUCUCUUGCUUUUAGACACCAGCAUCCAGCCAUCCUCAGACAGCAACGGCAUGUUCUACACCUGUUCUUAAUUGCGAAACAAUAGAAAAUAAGAUAAAAAAAGGGUAUCCAAAGUUCUUGGAGAAGCAUAAUGAAACUAUGCAAAGGGAAGGAUGUCGGCAAGCUAGGAGAAAUCCCAGUGUCAGACUUCCUAGAUAUAGCAGAAAAGUUCCACUGGGGUUUAAGUAAAGAGGAAAUUAAUGAAAUAACAACAAAAUAUGAUUUCAAGAAAAAGGACUUCCUUCAGAGUUGUAUCUUGUUGUUAAAACCACAGAAAAGCUCACUGCUACAAAGGGUGAUUAUACAGAAGCCACAAAAAACAAUGAGUCCUGGACCACAAACCAUGUCAUUUUGCAGUGCAAUGAUGAUAAUUCAGCCCAAGAUCUUGCACUGCUGGAGACCAAUGAAGCAAACUUUUAAAUUCUAUGAUGAAAGUUGUACUGGACUGUUAAAUAUUGCAGAUUUCAGACAAGUUCUUCAUGAGUACAAAAUCAAACUAAGAGAAUUAUUUAAUAUUUUGGAAUAUUAUGAUAAAGCCCUCUCUUCAAAAAUGAAAGAUUUUUUCCGGGCAUUCAUUCUUACAGUAGGGUUUGGUCAAGCACAAGAAACUGUAGGUACAGAUAGUGAUGGAUUUAUAAUUUCAAAUUUCAAAAUUUCAAACUAA